GCGUGUGUCCAGGGUCGUGUGUCGGGGGAGGGGCGGAGGGACGAGCGGACGGGGGGCGGACGGUAAGGGAACGGACGGUCGCCGUGAAGCGUGACCCUCACACCGCCACGAGACGCCGCGCCGCACGGUACUGUCGCGUGCCCGCUGCGUGUGUGUUGCCUACCUGUACGUUACGUGUGUGUGUAGGUGUGCGUGUGCCACGGCCACGCCCACUCACCUGGCACCACGCAUCCACCCGUGCCACAACGAGCCUGAACACCUGUACACCCGCCCACCACGACCCACAAGACACCUGUGCCCUGACACCUGUACAAACACCUUCGACGAUCCCAAGAUUCCCGCGCCGAGACACUUGCCUACACGCUUGGCACUACACGCCCACAACCUGUGCACCAACGGCCCUCCACGCCUUUAGCUACACGUUCAGUACAACCCCCAACAGUCCUGCUCCUUGACACCUGUCCAUACGCCGCACACCUGCGCGCACGGCACCUUCACGGCCACCUGUUCCCUCUGUGACGCAGCACUCAGCCACCAUGGGCGUGCAGCAGCAACAGCAGGAAGGCGCCGCCCUCAAGCCUCACAGACCUUCCAAGCCUGUGAGCGAGGCCCGAAGGAUCCGCAAGCCCUUGAUGGAGCGGAAACGGCGCGAGAGGAUCAACACGAGCCUCAACGACCUCGCGGAGCUGCUGACGGAGGCAAAGAUGGUGCGGCCUGACGCUGCCGCCGCGGGUAGUGGCGGCAGCGGCGGUGGCGGCGGCAGUGGCGCAGGGCGGGCUGCCAAGCUGGAGAAGGCAGACAUUCUGGAGCUGACCGUCAAACACAUCAAAACGCUGAAGGAAAGUGGCCCCGGCGUUACUGAGAGCCCGACGGAGGCCAUGGAGGAGCCGGGGGAGGAGAUGAAGGUGGUGGAAGGCGGUAAGAGGAGGGUAGCGCGGCGAAGGACGGAGGGUAAGUACCUGGCGGGGUUCAGGCGAUGCAUGAGUCUGGUGGAGGACACGCUGCGGCAGGCGGGGAAGGAGGCGCUGCGGGAGAGGCUGUUGGAGCACCUCGGGACGUGUCUGGCCACGCUGACACCACGCGCCACCGCCGACACUGAAACCAACACCAGCACUCCCACCACUUCCGCUGCUACCGCUGACACCCCUACUGCCACUGAUGGCACCACCAACACCACCACCGCUGUUGGCUCCUCCACCUCCGACACCACACAUGCACCCCGCACUGCCACCGUUAAAACCGAGGACACCGCCAUCAACACUGGGGAUAGUGUCACCACCACCGCCACCACCACCACCACCGCCACCUCUACCACCAGGAGCGGGAACAGCACCAUCAGCAAUACAACCGGUGCCAGGGAGUGCCAGGAGAGUGGCAUCAAAAGUGAGAGCGCUACUACGACGGCCAACCCCCCCUGCCUCACCCUCACACCCACGAGGCUGCCCACGGGGGUGCUGGCAUUCGUGGUCCACGGCCCCCUCGAUCCCGCCCUCCUCAUGCCGCCCUCACCGCCCUCCCAGCCCCCCUCACCCUCCCCAACGCCCUCACCUCCACCCACGCAUCCCUCCGUCACACUAGUCUCCUCCUCCACCCAGUGUCAGUCUCCGCCGCCCACCAACACCCAUGAAGUCUCCACUUCCACCCACGACAUCCCUCAACCACACUCACACUCACACACGUCACCCCACAUACACCCACACCCACACCCUCACUCACAUCCACAACCACACCCACACCGUCACUCAUAUUCACAUCCACACCCACACCCACACUCACAGCCGCGCUCUGCCCACCACCACCAACGCCACCACGCGCCCACCACCCACACCUCCCUCACCAUAAUGCCCUACCUCACACCAGCCCACCACCACACCCACGCUCCGCCCACGCCCCCGCCCAGCGUCUCCCCUUACCACCACCACCACAUGGAGGAGGAGGAGAUGGAGCUGGAGGUAGGGGUAGAGGGCGAAGAGGUUCAAGAUGAGACUGAACCCUUUGAUCUGAGCUUGGGGAGGAUGUGGCGUCCCUGGUAAAUACUAACGAAGAUGAUCCGAUACCGUAAAACGUUAGGUGAGGAAAUCGAACACCUUUUUUUGAGAGUAAAGGAAUUCUGAACCACGGAACGUUAGUUAAGGGUAUAAAGAAUUUUAACACGUAUUUAUUUGUCAUGUAACAUUGUAAGAGGCUAAUAUUUUUCAUACUACGACUAUAUAAUACUGUUUCCUCCGUCUUGAAGAAAUUCGAAUAUUAUUGCAUCGUCUGUUCUGUAUGUAUGUAUAUAGACGAAUGUGUGUAGCGGAUGGUAUGCUCACAAGGUCUUCUAAACAUGUUCCUAAAUACUAUGACCCCCUAAAAAAGAAUAAUUGUGUGUACAUUAUUUAUUCUUAUUCCAUGUUAUACACAAAUUUUAGGGAAACUGUGAUAAGACUAAAAAAAAAAGACUGUGAUGAACCUGUCACUUUUACUAUGCAUUGGUUACUAUCACUAUUAUUAUUAUUAUUAUUAUUACCAUUAUUAUUAUUAUUAUUAUUAUUAUACUGGGUUGCGUUUUCCGUCUUCAGUAUUUCGGCUGUGAUUAUACUGUACUAUUUAUAAUUUUUCUAAUGGUUAAUGAUGGAAAGGUUAAUGAAAUAUG